AUGGAAAGACAUAUCAAUGGGACUUUGCAAUCUGCUGCGGACGCUGUGACAUAUAAUGAGUAUAACGACACUUAUAUUAGCUCAUAUAAUGAUCAAGGACAUUCCCACUAUAACCCAUUUGAAAUAUCUAUUAUAUCUAUAAUAUAUGGCUUCAUUUUAGUUAUCUGCUGUGUGGGAUUUUUGGGGAAUGGAAUUGUUAUCUGGCUUCUUGGUUUCCGCAUUAGGAGGAAACCAUUCACCACCUACAUCCUUAAUUUGGCUGUUGCUGACUUUGCAUUCCUCCUGAGCCUAGAGUUCUAUAAUUCUCUUAAUUUAAAUAGAUUUCAUUAUGCUAUUGCUUUUCGUCUCUUAUUCUUCACAUACAACAUUGGACAACUUCUUCUGACAGCCAUCAGCAUUGACAGAUGUGUGUCUGUUCUGUUCCCUAUUUGGUAUCGGUGUAUCCGGCCGACAUAUUUGUCCACCCCUGUGUGUGCCCUCCUAUGGGUCCUCUCCUGUCUGCUCUGCCUAAUCGUCUACAUUCUCGAACAAAAAUAUUUCAACACACCAUAUAACAUAGAAUUUUUUCAAUUUGUGUUCACUGGACUGCUUUGCCUCCCACUCAUGACAAUUUCAACUGUGAUCCUUUUCAUCAAAGUCUGUUUAAAAUCACACCGACGAAAGCGGGGAAGGUUUUUAAUAGUUAUUUUACUUAAACUCUUCUUCUUCCUCAUGCUUGCUAUUCCAUGCAAUGCCCUUCUUUUCCUGGAAAUUGUAGGCCUGGAUAUUCAUGUUCCAGGCCAUUAUGGCUUCUUGUGUGCCUCCCUCAAUAGCAGUGUGAACCCCUUGCUCUAUUUUCUGGUUGGGAGGAAGAAGGGAGGUCGAUCUAGGGAGAGCCUAAUGGUCAUCCUCCAGCGGGUUCUGAAUGAGGAGGAGAAUGACCGACAGGAAAUGGAUCCUCCUUGUUCAAAGCCACUUAGGAACCUUUCAUAA